AUGGUUGAUGUUAUUAUCAAUAAGUAUCUUGAAACACAAUUAGCUUUGGCGAAACAAAAACUAAUUACAAAAAGUAGCCAAGAUGAUCAGAUUUCACAAAAAAGUAAGGUAGCCGCAGGUCGAAUAUCUAAGAAGCAAAAUAAAAAUAAAAAACUACAAGAUGCCCAGCAUAAAACUGAUUCUAUUGAAAAUGAAGAUGAAGAGUAUAUGGCGUCGUCUGAUGACGAAGAAUUAAGAUUACCAAAUUUGCCUGGUACUUCGCGUGCUAAACAAAAUAUUAGAAAAAUAAUAGACGACGGUGAUACACAGUUGUACAAUAAAAGGGUCGCAAAAUGGAGAAAAAGUUUGAGCGAUGCGGUAUCAGGGAAUUCCAAUGUUUUGUAUAUGUCUGCAGACAUACAAUACAUAUUAGAUGGUAACAAAGAUCCUGAUGCUAACCAAGAACUUCAAAAUGGUUUAUGUGUCCCAAAGUAUAUAUGGAAACAACUUUAUAAGUAUCAAAGAGUUGGUGUGAAGUGGCUUUGGGAACUUCAUCAAACUCAAUCAGGUGGUUUGUUGGGAGAUGAGAUGGGAUUAGGUAAAACAGUUCAAAUUAUUGCAUUUCUUUCUGCUUUAGCAAACACUAACAGAGGAUCACAUGAAGGCUUAGGUCCAUCUAUAAUAGUGGCACCUGCUACAGUAAUUUUCCAAUGGGUAUCACAUUUUCACUUUUGGAGUCCCUCUCUGAGGGUCUCUGUUCUACAUCAAGCUGGUUCACAUUGUGGUAAUCAUCAUAAACUUAUAAGAAAUUUAUUUGAAUCUCAUGGAGUACUUUUGAUAACAUAUGCAGGAUUAGUAAAAUAUGCAAAAGAUCUUCAGUCAAGAAAUUGGCAAUAUAUUAUUUUAGACGAAGGCCAUAAAAUAAGAAAUCCUGAAACUCAAGUUAGUAAAUUUGUAAGAAAAUUUGAUACUCCUCAUAAACUUCUUAUUACUGGGUCACCAAUGCAAAAUAGUUUGCAAGAGUUGUGGUCCUUGUUUGAUUUUAUGAGACCGGGUCUUUUGGGCACUCAUUCUGCUUUUAUGGAACAUUUUGCUGUGCCCAUUACCCAGGGAGGGUAUGCUAAUGCAACAGACAUGCAAGAAGCAACUGCUUUAGAAAUCGCAAAGGCCCUUAAGGCCAUUAUAACUCCAUAUAUGCUAAGAAGGACUAAAGCUGAAGUCCAAGAACAUAUACAUUUACCAGAAAAAAAUGAACAAGUACUUUUUUGUGCUUUAUCUCAUGAGCAAAGGGAUUUGUAUAUGGGUUACCUUAUGAGUGGAACAGUACGAUCGAUUCUAGAUAAAGACAACAAAUUUGGUGAUCCACUAAGAGCUAGAAUUUUAGUAGGUUUAUCAACACUAAGAAAAAUUUGUAAUCAUCCUGAUAUAUAUUUAUAUGAAGCUCUGGAUGAAGCGCAAGAAAUAAAUGAAGAGACAUUUGGUCAUUGGAAAAGAUCUGGCAAAAUGUCUGUUGUACACUCAUUAUUAAAAAUUUGGCAAAAGCAAGGACACCGGUCAUUAAUUUUUACUCAAUCAAGAGCUAUGUUAUGUAUUUUGGAACAACAUUUACAAAGACAUCAAUUCAAAUAUUUAAGAAUGGAUGGUAGUGUUAGUGUAAGUCAGAGACAAAGCUUGAUAAAAACUUUUAAUGAAAAUGCUGAAUAUUUAGUGUUUUUAGCUACAACAAGAGUAGGUGGUUUAGGUAUCAAUUUAACUGGUGCAGACAGGGUAAUAAUUUAUGAUCCAGAUUGGAACCCGGCCACAGAUAACCAAGCCAAAGAAAGAGCAUGGAGAAUUGGUCAGGAAAGGGAUGUUACUGUCUAUAGGCUUCUUUCUGCAGGAACAAUUGAGGAAAAAAUUUAUCAAAGACAAAUAUUCAAAAACUUUCUUAGCAAUAGGAUAUUGAUUGACCCCAACCAGAAAAAUGUUCUCACAACAAGCACUUUACAAGGCUUAUUUACAUUAGAGGAUCUUAAUUGUGAUGGAGACACAGAAACUGCCUCUCUUUUUAAACAUACCAAAAUAACAAUAAAUGAUAAAAAUAAAGAAAAAGAUAAAAUAGCUUUGAAUAGUUCUAAAAAGAAAAUAGAGACUAUGAAAAAAUUAGCCAAAGAAAUAAGCAAAAAAAUUAUGAAAUCGUCAGAAACUAAAUUACAGCAUGCAGAAGAUGCACGGGAAAUUUAUAGAAAGAAAAGAGAUAUGGUUUUAAAUCCACCUGAAUGUGCAGAAUCACCUAGGAUAAAUAUCCUGGAUGAUAAGGAGGUCAAUGUUCCAUUCGAAAAUGUCAUGUCUGAAUUGGAUAUUAUUAAUCAACAUGCUAAAAAUGAUUACGAAGAAAAUUUAAUGAAAAUUUUAAAUAAAGCAAAAACUGAAGAAACAUGUUCAAAAGAUGUAAUAAACAUAAACCAUGAUAUACAAACAAAGACAAAUAUAAAUGUAAGUAAAUUUUUCAGCAAAGAUGACAAAAAAAAUAUUCUUAAAAGGAAACAUUCUGAAUCUAAGGCUGAAAUAGAACACUUGGUAGGUAUAAAAAAGGUUAAGACAAAAAAGAAAAAUAAAGAUGCUGAUAAAAAGUUAAGUGAUGAUGAUUAUGUCUUAGCAAAACUUUUUGCAAAGGCAGGUGUAAAGAAUGCUUUGCAUCAUGAUGUUGUCAUAGGUUUAGCCGAGAAAGAGAAAAGGCUACAAAUGAAAGAAGAAGCUGCUUUAAAAGCAAAGAAAGCUAUUCGCGCUUUAAAAUUUUCUUCAUAA